AUGAAUACAGAGAAGGGACAUGCAUUAGAAGAGCAAGCCGUUGAAUUUAAAAACAAAAAAUUUUCAAGGCAGAAGAAGUCUUCUUCGCAGUCUAAUUUGGGAAGGGCCUCCAUGAGCCCUUAUGAAGUAGUUUGCACUAGUGAAAACCAGAAUAUUGAGUCAGAGCAAAGUUAUAAACCUGAGAUUAUUAGUCAAUUUGAGCAAAAUGUUACCACCGAUGUGAAGGUGUCGCCAGGAUGCAAAGAUACUAUAGAAGAACGAGUCGACUUGAUUUUAGCGUCUUCUAAUGACCCUACUACUGUGAUGGAGCUUGAUCUAGAUGGUAAUGUUCAAUAUUUGAGCCAUAAUUGGGAAUUUUUGGUGGGUACUAAAAUCAAGAAAAUACUUAAUAAACCUAUAUCAAAUAUUAUUAUUGGUAAUGAUAAUGAGGACUUGAAAGUGUUCAACAAAGCAAUUGAAAAUAUGAUUAUUGAUGAUGCCAGCUACAAAGUCAAAUUCAUAACUGCAACCAAUGAUAGAAUAAGCAAAGAGCAAGAACAUUCGAAAUAUGAAGCGUCUUCAGAUGAUUCUAUUACAAGUGAAAACGAAUUGCAAUGGCAAGAGCAAACAACAAAUGAUGAAAAGGAGGAAAAUGAUAUACAAAGUUCUAUUAGCUCAAAGUUGUCAAAUAACGGCGAUUUGAUCGAAUUGGAGGCUCAAGGAAUACUAAUUCACGAUACAAAGACAAAUUUACCUACCCAUUCUAUGUGGACUAUAAAACCAUUUGUUCAUAUGGACCUUAAUUUGACUUUACCUCUACCACUUAUAAAUCUAUUGGGGUUUGGAGCUGAAAUAUUUGAAGGCUAUUUGUCCAGCUUGAAUGAAUUAGGCAUUAUAGAUGAAGAAUGCGUACCUCAACCGAAGACUAUACUUUGUCGAAUCUGCGAAUCUCAAGUUCCUGUGUGGUUCAUCGAAACACAUUCAGAUUUAUGUCUUGUUGAACACAGAGCAAACGAAGAGUUGCAGAACUGCCAAGAUGCUUUGAGCGAGCAUCGCGAGCUUCUCUGUCGGAUCAUAGAAAGUUUGAAGUAUAACCAUUCUCCGAUGUCGUCUAGUUCUUCAUCGUUGUCUAGUGUAAGUUCAAGCUCGUCUACCCUGUCUAGCUCAAACCUAGUUCUAGACUACAAAGGUAUACCUUUGCCCAAUGUUUUCGAGUCUUCUCCCAGAUUGACUAACCAAGUGCUACAUAAAAGUUUUAGUCAAUCCAUCCUUCAGCCUAAGAAAUUUCCCUUUGGAAUCUUGCAGAGGUUAAUAGAUCUAUGUGAUGAAUCUCUAACAAUUAACCCAGCCGAGCCUCAUGAAAAUGGUGAAUUGAAGUUUAGUCCAGCUACUGAAAAGUCGAUCAACAAUGUGCAAAAUUGGAAGCCUUUCGAAACAUCUGAUGCGGCCAUCAGAGCAAUUGUUGAAGAUACUCAUCGCCUUGUGAAUGAUAAAAUUGAGACUGUUUCUAGACUUAUAACAUUUCUUCAGUAUUCUAUCAAGAUCAAGAAGGAAGUCGACUCAUUGGUUCUUCAAGUCGUAAGAGAAACUGUAUCAAAAAUCAAGGAGCAAAAAUCAUUGAAUACCUCUUUUGAGUCAGGUUCGGAAACUGAUGAAAAAGAAACUAUAAACACCAGAAGUUCUGCUAGAAUUUUGCAUUCACCUCGACCAUCACGAGCUAAGAGCCCCAAUGAUAUUUUUAAUGAUGAGAUAUUUGGGCAUGAGAUGAGUUCUGUGACCCCGAAAGAUUUGCUAUUGAAAGGAGACCCAGACAUUCCAAAAUUAUCCACGCCUUUAUCAUCCUCUUCUGGGGCCCCAUUACGAUUGAAUUCAAGAAAUAGUUCGAGAGAGUUAAUGGAUCCUAUGAAUGAUUUAGAUUUAUCUAAAAAAUCAUCUGAUCCUUCGCCACAUUCUUCGCCAAGACGACAUUUGUCACCUAUCCCUUAUAUUGAAAGACAAAGCUUGUCAUCUCUUCAAAGAAGCACAAACUCUAGAUUAGAACAAACCCCCACAUCAUCUCCUUCAAUUUCUACUUCUGAUAACGGGGAUCAUUUUAUCCAGGAAAGAAGCUCACUAUCGGGUAGCCUUCCAGGUCAUUCAAACAAGAGCUCAAUUAGUAAGCCGCCAUUGUCACCGUUACUUGUUUCUCUGACUCCUACAAAUAAAGUAAGUGGAGGUGGAAUCCGUGAUUAUGAGAUCUUGAAACCAAUUAGUAAAGGAGCUUUUGGUUCUGUUUUUCUUGCUAAAAGAAAAUUGACUGGUGAUUAUGUGGCGAUAAAAUGCCUUAAAAAGAGAGAUAUGAUUGCGAAGAAUCAGAUUUCAAAUAUAAAAUCCGAAAGAGCAGUAAUGAUGAGGCAAUCAGAUUCACCAUAUGUUGCUCAACUAUAUUGCAGCUUUCAAAGUAGGGAUUACUUAUACUUAGUGAUGGAUUAUUUGAACGGGGGAGACUGUGCAACUCUUCUCAAAGCACUUGGCACUUUAGGACUUGAUUGGGCUAAACGAUAUAUGGCUGAAAUGAUCGUAGGAAUAGAUGAUCUUCAUAAGAGAGGCAUCAUUCAUAGAGAUUUGAAACCCGAUAAUAUAUUAAUUGACAGCAGAGGCCAUUUAAAGCUAACAGACUUUGGAUUAUCACGAAUGGGUAUUGUACGCCGACAAGAUAGAUCUCAACGGAAGAGCAGCACUUCCGAACAAGCCAUUGAAAUUUUUCGGAGAAGCUUGAAGCAGCAAUCUGGGCAGACCUCUGUAAAUCCAUCUGGAAUAGGGAUAUCGAGUGACUCUCCGAUUUUGGAAUCCAACUACAAGAAAAAUCACCUCGUUACGCCUUUUUCUCUUUCUCCAACAUUGGAAAAUAACAAGCUGACAGGGGGAGGUGGUUCCUUGGCUUCGUCGCCAACAGUAGGAUACAUUGAUUCCUUCAGUCAUCAGAUUCUAAAUGCCAAUUCAUAUUCCACAAAUAGAUCAAAUUCUUUUAUGAAAGGGAGAUCUGGCUCAACAUCUAGCGGUCUUGAAUCACCGUUGUUAAAGCCCAUACUUCCCCGAUCUUCUUCUGAAUCGUCGUUUGCAGUGGUAGAAGAUGAAUUUCAAGUUAGUCCAUCUCAAUAUUCUGCCGUAUCGUCAUAUGCAUUAUUUGAUUCAAAAAAUGAUAGAGAAUUGAAAAAAUUCGUAGGAACACCAGAUUACUUAGCACCAGAGACCGUCGAAGGUAUUGGCCAAAGUGAAACAUCUGACUGGUGGUCGUUGGGUUGCAUUUUGUUUGAAUUUUUAUUUGGCUACACACCCUUUCAUGGAGAUACUCCGGACAAAGUUUUUAAAAAUAUUCUCAGCGGAAAAAUUGACUGGCCCCUUUUACCGCAGGAUGAAGAAAUCCAGUACUGCUCUCCUGAAGCUAAGGAUUUGAUUUUGAAGUUGUUGACUUUGAAUCCGGAACAAAGGCUAGGAUGCAAUGGAGCAGAGGAAAUAGAAAAGCAUCCGUUUUUUAAUGGAGUAAAUUGGGAUACUUUAUUCACCAAUGAUGCUCCAUUUGUCCCUCAGUUGGAAGAUCCAGAAUCUACUGACUACUUUGAUUUAAGGGGGGCCGACAUUUCGCAAUUCCCAAAAGAAGAUUCUGAUCCUGAAGACACCGAGACGAAUUCUAUAAAUUCAAAUGACACAGGCUCACCUUCUAUUUAUCCAUCAAACCAAGGAAUGAUCCAGCCUGGAAAAUUGAGACGUGAACGUCGCGGAAGCAGGCUUGCUGAUCCUAGUGAGUUCGGAUCUUUUCACUUUCGAAACUUGAAUGUCCUCGAAAAAGCAAACAAGGAUGUAAUCAAUAGAUUAAAGAACGAGCACUUGGAACACAGAAAUAGUUUCUCCUCUUCUUCUUCAGAAUCUACGCCUCUUUCUCGCUCUAGAGGCUACUCUUUCAGUGGCGUAUCAGGAGGGAGCCCUUUCAAAAGACCAGUGUCACCUCUGGCUCCGAGUUUUAAUAGAUCAUCUUCACCACAUAGGGAUUUGCUUUCACCACAGUACGUGAAGCACGACAGUUUCGGCUCAGUCGCAAGUACGGCUUCUAGUGGAGAUGAGUAUUAUUUCGAUAGGCCGUCACCAACUUCGGAAGCCCCAUCUAAGAACAGAAGUCCAUUAAAUUCUUUACCAAAAAAUGGGGCCAAGUCUUCAGAUUAUUCAUUUCCUUCCACUGAGUCAGACGAUUCUAAGGCUUUGUUGAGGGUUAAAAAGAGAAGAGAAACUAACAGACGAAUGGGCUCAUUUUCUAGCGGUUCUGAUAUUACAAGACUUUCUUUGAAUGAUAUUGAUGUACUUUACUGCGAAUCCAUUCCAGCUGUUCGACAUAGUGUUACAAGACUUUUAGAGAAAUGUGGAUGUAUUGUUGUUUCUGUUUCUGAUGGAGAUGAGCUAGUAAGAAGGGCAACCAGUCAAGUGAAGUUCGAUUUAAUAUUUACAGCAUUGAAAUUGCCGAAAGUGAGCGCUAUCGAUGCCAUCAAACUCAUAAAAUAUACAUCUGGUCCGAAUUCGAAUUCUCCCAUAAUUGCAGUUACGGGUUUUAAAAAAGAAGCCGAGGAGUCUAAUGUUUUUGAUGAUAUAGUUACGAAACCUGCUGACUUUGAACUGAUAGAGAGAUGUGUCAAUAGAUUCGUUAAAAGUGACGAGGCAAUCAGUAGUGAUAGCGAUACAAGAUAG